CGCCCGGCAUAAAAACCGAGUUCGCUGCAUUCGCAAGAUCAUUUGUCACUGAAAUUUCGAACCCUACGCUAACAUACACCGUGUUCUUGAAGUGAAUUUUAUCAAAGAUACAGCUGGAUAAAAAUAAAAAUAAAAAAAACACAUCAGUUAAGACUAAUCCAAUCACAAACAACACUCAAAUGGCGUCCAAGGAAAACAUUGCGGACAACAUGGAGAAGUUCUCACUUAAGAGCCCCAGCAAGAAGAUUCUGACGGAGAAUGCCAGCAACGUUCGCAAAAUGUCCAUUGGCAACGAGACCAAUGGCCAGAUAAUCAAGGAGUCCUUGGCGGAGAAUGGUGUCGGAAAGUCGGCCAAUUCCCUCAUGGAAAAGUCAAUGACUCCCUUCGAUCCAUCGCUGGAACCCCUGUUGCGCGAGAAUCCUCGACGCUUUGUAAUCUUUCCCAUUCAGUACCAUGACAUCUGGCAAAUGUACAAGAAGGCUGAGGCUUCCUUCUGGACUGUGGAGGAAGUGGAUCUGUCCAAGGAUCUGACGGACUGGCAUCGCCUAAAGGACGACGAGCGUCACUUCAUCUCACACGUGCUGGCCUUCUUUGCCGCUUCCGAUGGAAUCGUGAACGAGAACCUGGUUGAGCGAUUUAGCCAGGAGGUUCAGAUCACUGAGGCACGCUGCUUCUACGGUUUCCAGAUCGCAAUGGAAAACGUGCACUCCGAAAUGUAUAGUGUCCUGAUCGACACAUACAUCCGAGAUCCGCAUCAGCGGGAGUACCUGUUCAAUGCCAUCGAGACGAUGCCGGCUGUAAAGCGCAAGGCGGACUGGGCGCUUUCCUGGAUCUCAUCCAAGUCAGCCAAUUUUGGAGAGCGAAUUAUCGCCUUUGCCGCCGUAGAGGGCAUCUUCUUUAGCGGCAGCUUCGCCUCUAUUUUCUGGCUAAAGAAACGUGGCCUGAUGCCGGGCCUGACAUUCUCCAACGAACUUAUAUCCCGGGACGAAGGCUUGCACUGCGACUUUGCCGUCUUGAUGUUCCAGCACCUCGUGCAGCGACCAAAGCGAGAGCGCAUCAUCGAGAUUAUCCGCGACGCGGUGGCCAUUGAGCAGGAGUUCCUUACAGAUGCCCUUCCCGUAAACUUGAUCGGCAUGAAUUGCGACCUGAUGUCCCAGUACAUCGAGUUUGUCGCAGACCGUUUGCUGGUGGAGCUUGGUGUUGGAAAGAUCUACAACACCAAGAACCCUUUCAAUUUCAUGGAGAUGAUCUCGCUGGACGGAAAGACAAACUUCUUCGAGAAGAAGGUGGGCGAGUACCAGCGUAUGGGAGUGGCCACUAACCGCCUGGAUAACGUCUUUACCCUGGACGCCGAUUUCUAGGGCUGGCCCCAGAUCAUCAAUGUCGCAAUUAAAUCCUAUUAAGGGCUGGCUUCUCAUCCUUUAUGUUGUAAUCAGACGGCUUUAAUGUGUAGUCCGUUUUAAUUUUAACCUAAGCUAAGAACUAUCACUGACUUUCUGCAGAAUCAUUUACUUAAUCAUUCAUUACUGGGAACACUUCAUUCAAAUUGCUUACCCACAUAAAUUUUAAAAGCACUUGA